AUGAGACUAAUUAUGAUAGAAGGUAAAAGGGUUAAGGUUUGCCAUUCCAGAAAGCAAUGUAAGGAACUCUCUGCUCUAUUUAUGGUACAAAAUAUCCAAGCCCAUGAAGGUUCAAUUUUGACAAUGAAAUUUAGCCUUGAUGGGCAGUACCUUGCGACUGCUGGUGAAGAUCGUAUUGUGCGUGUUUAGUAAGUGGUGGAAGAUCCAAGAUAAAAUGAAAUUGACAUUCCAGACAUCAAUCCUUCAUGCAUUUAUUUCACAGUGAAUCAUCUUUCUGAGCUUUCACCCUUAAUCGUGCAGAAAGAGAAAUUGGAUAAAUUGAAGAGCCUAAAAAAAAUAGCAGACUCAGCUUUUGUCAUCUUCCCACCGAGGGUCUUUCGGAUAUUGGAGAAGCCACUACAUCAGUUCAAUGGGCACGAUGAUGACAUCUUAGAUCUCUCAUGGUUGAAGACUAAUUGCCUUCUCUCAUCAGCAAUUGAUGAAACUGUUUGUUUAUGGCAAGUAGGAUGUGAGCAUUGCCUUAAAGUUUUUUUACAUAGUAAUUACGUGACAUGUGUUCAGUUUAAUCCUGUGGACAAUAAUCAGUUUAUCAGUGGUUCAAUAGAUGGAAAAGUUUGGAUUUGGGCAAUUACUAGUUGCCAAGUUGUUGAUUGGACAUAUGUAAAAGAUAUUAUCACUGCUGUGUGCUAUCGCCAUAAUGGGAAGGGUGUGAUUGUUGGCUCCAUGCUUUAUGACAAGUCAGAAUCUCAAGAAUUCCAUAGAAAACUUUACAUUAACGAAUUGGUUUGUGCUUUGCUUGUAUCAGAUGGCCAUUUUCAGCUGGAUGCUCGGAUAGAUUUACACAGCAAGAAAAAGGCACCAUGCAAAAGGAUAAUUGGAUUCCAGUUUUUCCCACAAGACCCAAGUAAGCUUAUGGUCACUUGUGCAGAUUCACAAGUCAGAAUUAUUCACGGGUUUAAUGUGGUUGGCAAAUAUGGGGGCACGAUCUUUCUCUCUCGUCUUAGAUUCUUCAUAGAUGGCCUAUUUGAUGACUUUCCUUUUGCUGUAUUAAUCCAUAUUUGUUUCCAACAAGUAAAUCCUUCUGAGGGUGUUAUCUGCUUUGUGUCGGCCUGUUUGGUACAACUUCUAGCAAUGUUAAAGUUGAUAAUUAGAAAGCAGAAGUUAAAAGCACCACUUUUCGUGUUUCUCAAUAACUAG